CAUACAUUUGUGCACGCUGACUAUGGCAAUUCCCAAUCCUUUCCGUCGACGUUCGGAGCAUACCAGACAUUGUUGGGGCUACGAGUUUGAAUGGACCGAAGACCAUCUAACUCUAGAACAAGCAAAACCCCUCCAACACUCCUAUGAUGUGCUAGGAGAGGAGUGUCUUGAUCGACUCAAGGCUAUUUCGCCACUAGAUAAAGGCGUUCUACCCAGGAACAACAGCCAGCAAAUUCCUCAACUGAAAGAGGCGGAUGAGGAGAAGAACGAAGGUCUUCCCCUCCCGCAACGGGAUAUGUAUAUUUUGCUCCACGACCACUACACUGAGGAUCCGAAACUCUCACAGCUCUGGGAAGAGGUGAACACGAUACCACCCUGGGUUGACUGGGCACAGAUAGAAAGAGGCCAGGAUGUCUUUUAUCGUUAUGGUGGCCCGGCCCUAACCGGCCUUACGUAUCAGUCCCUGCUUGGGGGUAUGGGAGCUGCGCGUGUCGUAGAAACGCUUGCUCGUACAGGAGGGUUUUCAACUAAAAUCGCGAGAAGAAGGCUGUUCGAGACGACACAGCACAUUCUGCAAUGCACGAAGUCGUUAGAGUCUAUACAACCUGGAGGAGCUGGUCAUGCCUCAUCUAUCCGCGUCCGCCUCUUACACGCCGCUGUACGUCAGCGUAUACUGAAGCUGGCCAAACAACGACCGAGCUACUACAGCGUUGAAGAAUGGGGUAUUCCCGUGAACGAUCUCGACCAAAUCGCCACAAUCGGUACCUUCUGCGCAACCCUGAUCUGGAUAAGCUUCCCACGGCAAGGUCUCUUUCUCCGAGAACAAGAAAAGAUCGAUUACGUUGCUCUAUGGCGGUACAUUGGGUAUCUUCUCGGCACACCCACUGACCAUUUCGAGACACCCGCGAAAGCCAAAGCUGUUAUGGAAUCCCUUCUCUACCACGAAGUCAAUCCCUCCGAGAUGUCGAGGAUCUUAGCAAACAACAUUAUCCGCAGCCUUGAAAAACAGCCCCCCACAUAUGUCUCCCCAAAUAUGCUAAUCGUUAGCGCACGAUGGCUCAACGGGAACGAUCUCGGUGAUAAGCUAGGCCUUCCCCGUGUAUCGAUCUACUACUGGGCAUUGAUGGCUGGCCAGUGCCUUUUCUUCAUGACUAUGUGUUACACAUACCGUUCAAUACCCUGGCUGGACCGACGACACAUAGCGAGUCUGAAGAAGAUAUUCUACGCUGUUAUCGUAGAAAGCCAGUACGGACUUGCGGGAACGGAGACAUUGUUUGAUUUCAAAUAUGUCCCCGAGUAUACAACCGUGACGGAUAUGGGGACGCCGAGUGAGAUUAAACUCGGCAGCUCAAGCGUUGAGAUGCGAAAUCUUCGGGCACUCGGUAUUUUCUUUAUUGUGUUGGGAGUUGGUGCUUGGGCUGCAUUGAAGAUCGCCUCGACUGUCACUAGCAAGGUGUGGUAA